UUGACGGUAGGACUUUCAAAAAGUAGAACUUUUAUUUUAUUAAUUUAAGUAGGUACAUAAAAUGUCUGUGAUAUCAAGUUUGAUAACGAGUUUAAAAUAUCCUGUGCUUACUAUAGCAAUAGUUAUUGUGGCAAUAUUUUAUCAACAAAGCAUAUUUCCAAAAAGCUCAAAUAACACUGUAGUUCCAACCAAGAAAAUAUUUUCUUUAGCAGAGUUAUCCACAUAUAAUGGAAUUCAGCAAGAGAAACUUUAUUUGGCCGUAAUUGGAAACGUUUUUGAUGUAACUGUGGGUAGUCAACAUUACAAAAAAGGAUCUUCAUAUCAUUAUUUUAUUGGAAAGGAUGGUACAAGAGCUCUGGUCACUGGCAAUUUUAAAGAUGAAAGCAGUAACAAGGACAAUGUACUAGAUCUUCCUUGCAGUGAUCUCUUAUCAAUAUUGGAUUGGAGGCAGACGUUUAAACAAAAAUAUACCUAUGUUGGUUUGUUAGCUGAUAGGUAUUAUGACAAAAAUGGUGAAGAAACCAUGUACAUGAGUGAGCUGAAACAAAAAGUUAAGAGGUGUAGAAUAGAAAAAGAAGAAGCAAAAAAGCAGGACCAACUGUAUCCACCAUGCAAUAUUUCAUGGAGCGAAGAGGAUGGAUCUAGAGUUUGGUGUACCAAGUCAAGUGGAGGUGUAGUGCGGGAAUGGUUGGGAGUACCACGUCAAAUGUAUACACCAGGACAAAAGAAACCUCUAUGCGUUUGUGUGAAUCUAGAUAAAAUAAAUUCAAGUCAGCUCAAAGAGUAUAAAGGAUGUCCUAGAACAUCUACGGAAUGUUUCAUCAGUGAUAAUUAAUUAAUUGAUGAUUUAAUAAGAUAACAUAAUUAUUAUUGUUGACAGAUAAAAAUCUUAUGUAAGAAAUAAAAACAGCUUAAUUAUUAAAAAAUUC